GUCCAACAUCCUGGCAUUGUCCCCCCAAUUUCGCUCUCCUACUCUCCCUUUCGUGUUGUCCACCCUCAGUCACUCCUUAUCCAGCCGCAACUUAUACAACGAUCCCCAAUUCAUCACGACGGCCCGCCCCGUCCCGCUCUUCCUGCCCCUCCUCUCCUUCCGCCAACAGCUGCGAGCUCCCCUGCUUGCCUCCCAGUCAGCCCCGCAGCGCGUCCAGCGAGUCAUCUGGGACUGGCCUACAAACCAGCACGCUGGUGGCCACAUGUCCACCCCAGAGAGCAAGCCCGGGUUCCUCUCCGCAGGACUCAACGCUCUCUCUCCCUGGGGCUCCCGGAGUGCCACCCCCAAACCCCCCCAUACGGACGACGAUGAGAAAGACAAGACGGCUCCCGCGGCCAUCGGCGCACAGAGGGGAGGGGACCAUACCAUCAACCGCAGGCAUAGAUUGAGUCUGCGUAAAUACCCCAAUGACUGUCCCCCCCUCGUCGUGCGGUGGUUUCAUGCAGUCGAUAUCCCAAAACGAAAACCGUUCCCUUCUUCCAACGCCACCCCAUCCCCUGACAAGCCUGUCCCCAAACCGAAGAAAUUCAUCCCCUUCUCUCCCGGAGACUCCCGCGCCAUAGAAAACGCCUUCCAGAAACUCGCCGACGAAGCAGACACCUCAGAAUCCAGGCGAGAUCUCUUGAGUCCACUCUCGCCUGCAGCCCAGAACCUAGCACCGAGCCCUGAGACAAGUACCAAAGUGUCGGUCAAUGAAGACUAUUUGUUCGAUGUUGAGAUUGAGACCCGCGAGCUUGCCCCCGCAUACUGGCCUGGCCCUGUCUACGAAGUCAAGAGAGGCACAUGGUUUACCGCCGAAGGAGAGCCUGUGGAUGAAAAUCUGGCUACACAGCUGGAGGAGGGCUACCUGAAAGUUAAGCCUUGGCGGUUUACGAAGCUGGCCGAGAAACGCUCUGCUUCGCAGCCACGGACGCGACCUGUUUCGCUGAAUGUCAAGGCCGGUGACGACUAUAGAAAGCUUCUUAACCAGCGUGACUCGACUUCCAAUCCCGUCACCCCGAAGUCUUCGUUCGAUGAUCUCCGAGAGAAAGCAAACUCCGAUCGCGUGGAUGAAAACAUCACAACUGAGAAGCCCACGGCGUCCUCCACCCCAGAAGAUAGCCCAAGGACCUAUCGCCUGUUUGGCGCUCAUAUGAACUCGGUCGUGACGUAUCAAGACGAAAUGGCGGCCUGGUUACUGACUGACGAUUUCCUCACCCGCAUGGGUAGUACUUUGUAUUCAAGAUUCGCCGGUGGUGGACACUUCGCUGGUAUGAAAUAUAUCCGAGGAUUUGUAGAUCCUGCUAGGAAAAGAGACCCUAAGCCCAAGGAUGACAAAAUGGAGAGGGAAGAGAAAGACAAGAAGGAUAAGAAGGCUGCAGGACGACCCGUCACUCCAUCAUUGGCUUACGGGGAAGAUCCAGGGAAGCAACCACAGACACCUUCAUCAGAGCCUACAUCCGAGGACGAGCGUGCGGAUUCACCUUCGGAAGCGAGGCGCAAGACCCUUGAACGACACAUGUCCUCCCUCAUGACAUCCUCCCAGCCAGAAGACUCGGAGAAGCAAGAGGAGGAAAUUCGGAAACGGGACGAGAAGGAGAUGCGCGAGGACUACAAAGAUCAAAGCAAGGAUGAGCAAGGCCGAGAAAUCGAGCAUCUACUUCUAGUAACGCAUGGCAUCGGACAGCGCCUGGGCAUGCGCCUCGAGAGCGUCAAUUUCGUUCAUGACGUCAACACGAUGCGCAAGUCGCUCAAGGCUAUCUACGCGAAUUCUCCUGAUCUGCAAGCUCUUAAUUCCGAGGUUGAGAAGGAAACAAAGAACAGUCGCAUUCAGGUCCUCCCCAUUUGCUGGCGACAUCUCCUGGAUUUCCCCAAGCAGAGCUUAAAGCAUAACCGCAAGGAACAUGACCUUGGCGACAUAGAUUUCGAGGAUCACGAAUAUCCCAACCUGGACGAUAUCACGGUAGAAGGUGUGCCGGCAGUGCGCAAUCUCAUAACCGACCUUGCACUGGACAUCCUUCUCUACCAAAGCCCAGCGUACAAAGGCCACAUUUCUCGCAUAGUUUUGCAGGAAUGCAAUCGCAUAUACCGCCUUUUCAAAGAACGAAACCCUUCCUUCAAAGGCAAAGUCACCUUGGUUGGCCACUCGCUCGGUUCCGCCAUCAUGUUCGACAUUCUAUGUCAACAGAAAGACAAAAACUCCCGACCAUCCCAAUCCAGCAAACAUCGACGCGCCACCGAAGAAAGUCUCAAACUCGACUUCCCCGUCGAGGACUUCUACGCCUUAGGCUCCCCCAUUGGCCUCUUCCAAAUGCUCAAAGGACGAACAAUCGCUGCAAGACCCUCAUCUUCUUCCUUCGUCCUGCCCGAAACCCCCGCUAGCCCCCUCGAAGAUCCAUUCUCCCCCGACCCCCACUCCCAAAUCCCUAAUGAGAGAGCCUUCGACAUCACUGUCUCCUCUCCCGCCGUGAAACAAAUCUUCAACAUCUUCCAUCCCACAGAUCCCAUCUCCUACCGCCUAGAACCUCUCAUCUCCCCCGCCAUGUCGGCCCUAAAACCGCAACCGCUACCCUACACUAAGAAGGGGAUUUUCGGCGCACCAGCUGCCCAGGGUCUUACAGGCAUCGGCGCGAGAGUGGGACAGGGGAUGACGGAGUUUUGGACGAGCGUGAGUUCGGGCAUUGCGAGUGGGAUUUUGAAUCGGAGUUUGGGCAUUACGGGGGUGGAUGCAGGGAGGAUGAGGGAAGAUCUCACAGGCCAGAAGAGUUCGAGGCCGUUGUCGGUGGGGGCGGGGACGAAUGUGGCGGCCGGUGUGAUUCCAGGGCCAGGGGCGGGAAUGGGGAUUGGGGGGGAGGAUGGGGGACCGGCAAGAGGAGGCUUUAAUGAGGAGAGGAAACGGAGGUUGGGGGAGGAAGUGAUUGCGACGGGGGAGGUGGGGGAACACCCACCUACGCUUAUCGAUGCUGAGAUUGAGACGUUGUUUGCGGGGUUUCAGAAACGGCGGAAGAGUAGGGAAAAUGUUGGCGACGGCGGCGGCGGUAGUAAGGGGGGUGAGGAAGAGAGAGACAUGGAAAGGGAUCUUGAGUGGCAAGACCUUGAGGAACGGAGUCGCAAGUUGAGAAAGGAAGAGGCGAAAGUUCGGGCGUUGAACGCGAAUGGCAGGGUCGAUUAUAGUAUUCAGGAAGGGGCCUUCGAUAUUUCCCUCCUAGCGAGCAUCGCGAGCCAUCUUUCCUACUGGGCAGAUGAGGACGUCGCCCAUUUUAUGAUUAGCCAGCUUUUGGCUCGACAUCGGGUUUUCAAGUCAAGUAACGGUAAGGAUGAUGCUGAGGGAAUAUAGACAAUAGAAAGGUAGACGGACAGGACCGGUGGCAUUUUGGAUCGUACUGGGUUCGGUUGGGGGCGGGUUGCACAGCACAGCGUUGGUGUCU